UGGAUCUCUGGUAUGUUUCGGAUGGAUAAGAGUAUCGUUCUAAUUGUGGUUUCAAAGCAAUUUGACACGUGAAAAGAAUCGUUUGAGCAUCAUGGUGUAAUCUUAAAAAUCUUUAAUUUCAGUUCAUCAGAGGAAGAACGAAAACAGAAAAGCCCAAGCAUGACAUUCCUCCAGAAUACUGGCAUAUCCAGAAACUGGUAAAAUAUAUAAAGACUGGAAAUCAAACCGCCACUGUCGUAGCUUUAUGUUGUCUCAAAGACCAUGAUCUUUCUACUGAGAUCAACCAAACGGCUAUACAGGAAAUCGGAGGUCUAGAAAUCCUGAUAAACCUCCUCGAAACCAAAGACCUGAAAUGCAAAAUAGGCGCUUUGGAGGUGUUGACGGAGCUCUCCCACAAUCCGGACAUCCGCAGAUGUAUCGCUGAUUUGGGCGGGAUCCCGCUGUUGGUGAAAAACCUCACGGAACCUGCCAGAGAUUUGCAGAUUCUCGUCGCCGAAACUAUAGCGAACGUUGCGCAGAUAAAGAAAGCUAGGAAGGCUGUGAGGAAGUGCUAUGGCAUUUCAAAGUUGGUGGACUUUUUGGAUGUUAACGAGGUCUAUCUCAAAUCGCCUCCAGAACAAUUGACGGCCGAUCAAAGGGGGCUGGUCAAUAUGGCAAAAGCAGCUACAAGAGCACUUUGGGCUAUCUCGAGAAGCAGUAAAAAUAUCCAAGUGAUGAUGAAGAGCGGUUCAGUUCCUUUGUUAGCCAGAUUGUUGAGGUCUAUACACAUGGACGUGGUCGUUCCAGCUGUUGGUACAAUAUCCCAAUGUGCGGAUGACCCGGGGUACCAGCUAGCUAUCCAGACAGAGGGAAUGAUUCGGGAUAUAGUCAGGCAUUUGUCUACAGAGGAAUAUCCUAUGCUAAGAAGAUACUGCGCAGAAACGAUAUUUAAAUGCAGCGAGAACGCUUUGACCAGAGAUAUGGUCAGACAAGCAGGUGGGUUGGACCCGCUGGUCAAUAUGGCCAGGAACCCGAAAACGAAAGAAGAUAAGCCAUUGCUUGCUGCUGUCACAGGGGCAAUUUGGAAGACAGCCAUCAGUCCUGCGAAUGUUGAAAGGUUGGAUCAACUGAAAACUGUCGAGACGCUUGUCAAGCUCCUAGAGAACGUCGAAGAAGACGAAGGUGUUUUGAGCAACGUUGUUGGGGCACUUUGCGAAUGUCUGAAAUUUGAACACAACAGAAGUACCCUGAGGAGAGCAGACGGUAUACCUCACUUGGUGAACCUGCUCAAUUACACCUAUCCUCCAUUAUUAGAAAACGUCCCGAUGGUAUUGAGAGAGUGUGCCGAAGAUGAAGAUUCGAUGAGGAUCAUCGAAGAAUUGGAUGGCGUCAGACUCAUUUGGUCUUUGCUGAAAAACGAUUCUCCAAGGGUUCAAGCUAACGCAGCAUGGUCUUUAGUACCGUGCAUAAGACAUGCUACCGAUUCUGGAGAAAUGGUUCGAUGUUUUGUUGGUGGUUUAGAGCUUAUCGUCAAUCUACUCAAAUCUCCUGACACCAGAGUUUUAGCCUGUGUUUGUGCAGCAAUUGCAGAAGUAGCUAAAGAUAUUGAAAACUUAGCAGUUAUUACAGACCAUGGUGUAGUACAAAUGCUUGUGGAUUUAGUUGGCACUGAAGACGUUCUGUUGAGGCAGCAUUUAGCUUCAGCUAUAGCGUAUUGCUGCGCCUGGGGAUCUAAUUGCAAGAUGUUUGGAAGACUUGGAGCGAUUACCCCACUGGUCCAAUACAUGGCAGACGAAGACCCUGACGUUCACAGAACGACGGCCUUGGCUUUAUACCAUCUCUCCCAAAACCCUUUCAACUGUAUCACGAUGCACGAGGGAGGUGUGGUGACGUUCCUCUUGAAGGCGGUGUCCACCAAAGACUACAAACUCCAAGAAGCAGCCGCUGGAUGUUUGGCCAACAUCAGAAAACUCGCUCUCGAGGCAGAAACCGUGCAUCUGAUCAGGACCAAACCGGCCAGCAGCGACGAAGACGUGAACUGAUUGCGAUUACUUUGUUAAGCAAUAAAGAUUUAUUUUCAAAAUCG